AUGGAGACAUCCAAGCCCAAAAGAGUCAGGAGGAGAAAGGCCUGCGAUCUGUGCUAUCAUAAGAAGAUCAAAUGUGAUGCAAAAGAGCCACGAUGUUCCGGUUGCAAGUUAUACAACUCAGAGUGCACUUACACUGGCCCGACGAGGGCGACUGCCGCGAAGUCGAAUCAAUCCAAGAAGAUCGAGAUGCUGGAAGCAAGACUAGCGCAACUGGAGGCCCAAAAACAACCUUCGCCCAAGGCACCCAACCCAGAAUUCUUGCUGACAUCUUCGGUGCCCGAUUCGGCUGCAAGUAUCUCUGAAGAGGAGCAGCAUCUCUGGGCGACAAAUACUGAUUCAACACUCAACGAAUCACCCGGCUCCUCUACUAACCCAGGCUCAAGCAUCUCGGGUCGCGAAUCCAGCAAAACACUCCCGCCCUUGCGUCAGAUCCUGCCUUCAAUAGAAGACUACUUUCAGACCUCGAAUCAGGUGCUCCCUCUAUUUGAGCGAGAAAGCUUCGUUAAGAUGCUGCGAAGUUGGUACGCGUAUCCGGCGCACCGUAAAUCAGACGUCUGGGCCGCCAUCAACGUUGUCUUGGCCCUGGCACACCGGCACUCCUACGCUUCCAGUUACGAAGAGACGCAGAAUAUGCAGCGAUAUAUCGACAAUGUUCAAUCCGUCUUGAACAAAUUGGUCAUCAAUGAACCAAGUAUGCUGGUCUUGCAGACUUUACUUGGACUGGUACUCGUAUUCCACGGCUCAGCGGACCAGGGCCCGGCGUCCAUACUGAUUGCAUCUGCAAUUAGGCUUUGCCAUAGCCUUAGACUCCAUACAAAGUCUACGGCGCAGGAAUUCGAGCCGGCUGAGGCUCUCCAGAGGAGUCGAGUCUUUUGGAUCGCCUUCAUACUCGACCGCGACCUAGCAAUGAGAUUGACGCAGCCGCCUAUGCAUCAGGAGUCAGAGAUCGACAUAGAGAUUCCAUCUCUACAUCCUCCGGAUGAUGUAGGUAUAAUCAUGGGGUUCUCUGGCCAAAAGUUCAAUUACUUCCGCAGUACUGUUCAGCUCGCCUACAUCCAGGGAAAGCUGUAUCACAUGUGUUUCUCCGUUCGGGCUCUCAAGCUUCCAGACCAACAAAAGAGUCAGAACAUGCUUCGCAUCCGCGAGAUGCUGGAAAAUUGGCAAAAUUCAAUACCUAUCGAGUUCCAGCCAGAGCUGGCAGCAGCAACCGUGGCCGCUGAGUACCUUCGGUACAUUUGCCUACUUCACUACACCCACCUGCAGCUCAUCGCGACAACGCACUACGCCGACUCGCACCAUCUCGAGUGGCUUCAAGGGCUGCUCAGCUGUAACAAGGGGAGCACUCCGGCAGCGCGGUCCGACCUGGCAGCACGGCUUCCGAACUGCUGGGACAAGCUGGUAACGGAGGCACGGACUUGCAUGCAUCUCUAUGCUGCAACACCCGAGAAUGACUCUGCUCUCACUUGGCUAGUGUCGUGCGGCUACUUGACAAGUAUCAUGUUCAUCACCGUAAACAACCUGGCCUGUCCAGAUAGCCCGUGUCGACUGACGGAUCAAAGCAAUGUCGAAUCGGCAUUACUCCUACUCGAGCGUCUCAUAAAGGCUACAGACGACGGAAGACUCAAGAGGAUCCACAGUGCUUGCAAAGACAUCAACGAGAGGGCGCGAAUUACCGUGUUGUCAAGUUCAUCAGACGAAUUCUCACACUUCAAUCCUCCCGGGCUUGAAUUCGGAGAUGAAGACCCUCUUGAUGACGGAAGGUGGGGACUAGUCGACAACAACUUUUGGACGAUGAACGAGUCUCUCUUCUCAUUUCCUACCGACCACAGCAUCCCGCUGCCCACAGAUGUCGGUGAUGAGGACUUCUUCUCACGACCAUCGACUCCUGAUUCUGGUGAGCGCGUCACCCUCAAAUGCGGCGAAAAAGUCUUCACGUUCAGCAAGUCAAAGCUGGUCAAGGACUCUGACUACUUCAGAUCAUGCCUCAACAGCUCCAAUUUCGUCGAGGGCAGGACUUCCGUCAUAGAGUUCGACGAUAUCGAGCCAAAGGUUCUCAAGGCUUACCUACGCAUCGUCGAUAUGACGACUACCGGCAACCCAUUCGAUGAGUUCAUAGCUAUGACCAAGUGGUGUAGGGAACAUGCGCAGGACUUCGUUACCGUGAUUGAAGUUUACCGACUUGCCGACCGGUUGCUGAACGAGCCUGUGCGUGUUGAACUGGCCGAGUCUAUCCUGACUUACAUGCAGCAUGAAGCAGUGACGACGGUAAACAAAUCAUCGCCAGAGGGUAUCAAAUGGCUAUUCAACACAUACAAGAACGCAUAUGACAACUUGGAUCCCAACAUUCCCGAUGAGGCCAAUCUCCAGUCUCAGAUUGCGGAGGUUUGCUGUCAACAAAUCGACAUUGACAAAACCUACGCUUUAGCCCGCACAACUACCGAGGGAGAGGCUUUUCUGGAGGCCGUGCUGAUGGCCACGACUCAACCUUUUGAGAGCUUCAUCGCCUUUGUCGCCAUGCCCAUCAACAAUCGAGCCGGGUAG